CGGGGCUGCGGCACGGGCCGGGCGGCACCAUGGCGGCGGCGGCGCCUGCUGCGGUGGCGGCUUCUUCCGAGGCGCCGGCGGCGACUGCGACGGCAGAGCCCGAGGCUGGAGACGAGGACAGCCGCGAGGUCCGAGUGCUGCAGAGCCUACGGGGCAAGAUCUGUGAAGCAAAAAAUUUAUUGCCAUAUCUUGGACCCAACAAGAUGAGAGAUUGCUUUUGUACUAUAAAUUUGGACCAGGAAGAAGUUUAUCGUACCCAAGUUGUUGAAAAAUCUUUAAGUCCAUUUUUCAGUGAAGAAUUUUACUUUGAGAUUCCACGAACUUUUCAGUAUUUGUCUUUCUAUGUUUAUGAUAAGAAUGUUUUACAACGAGACCUUCGUAUAGGAAAAGUAGCCAUCAAAAAAGAAGACUUGUGUAAUCAUAGUGGCAAAGAAACUUGGUUUUCACUACAGCCUGUUGAUUCCAAUUCAGAGGUUCAGGGUAAAGUUCACCUUGAAUUAAAGCUGAAUGAACUGAUAACAGAGAAUGGGACUGUGUGCCAGCAGCUUGUUGUACACAUCAAGGCUUGCCAUGGGUUGCCUCUCAUAAAUGGACAAAGCUGUGAUCCUUAUGCAACAGUUUCUCUAGUGGGUCCUUCUAGGAAUGACCAAAAGAAGACAAAAGUAAAGAAGAAAACAAGCAAUCCGCAGUUUAAUGAAAUCUUUUAUUUUGAGGUAACCAGAUCCAGUAGUUAUACCAAAAAGUCCCAAUUCCAGGUAGAAGAGGAGGACAUUGAAAAGCUAGAAAUUAGGAUUGACUUGUGGAAUAAUGGAAACCUGGUCCAGGAUGUUUUCCUGGGUGAGAUUAAGGUUCCUGUGAAUGUGUUAAGAAACGAUACCUCUUAUCAAGCCUGGUACUUGCUACAGCCACGAGAUAAUGGAAACAAGUCAUCCAAAACUGAUGACUUGGGAUCUCUUCGAUUAAAUAUAUGUUAUACAGAAGACUAUGUGCUUCCUUCAGAGUACUAUGGUCCUUUGAAAACUUUGCUGCUAAAAUCACCAGAUGUUCAGCCAAUAUCUGCCUCAGCUGCUUACAUUUUGGGUGAAAUAUGUCGAGAUAAAAAUGAUGCAGUUUUGCCUCUUGUACGAUUGCUGCUGCACCAUAAUAAACUUGUUCCUUUUGUCACAGCAGUGGCGGAAUUAGACUUGAAGGAUACCCAAGAUGCAAACACAAUUUUUAGAGGAAACUCUCUGGCUACCCGAUGUCUGGAUGAGAUGAUGAAAAUAGUGGGAGGGCACUACCUGAAAGUAACCUUAAAAUCUACUCUAGAUGAGAUAUGUGAAUCCUCAAAAUCCUGUGAAAUUGAUCCUAUUAAAUUGAAAGAGGGAGAUAAUGUAGAAAACAAUAAGGAAAAUCUGCGUUACUAUGUGGACAAGUUAUUUAGUACAAUUGUAAGAUCAAGUAUGAGCUGCCCCACUGUAAUGUGUGAUAUCUUUUAUUCUCUGAGGCAAAUGGCUACUCAGAGAUUUCCUAAUGACCCUCAUGUUCAGUACUCUGCAGUGAGCAGCUUUGUAUUUCUUCGUUUCUUUGCUGUAGCCGUAGUAUCACCUCAUACUUUUCAUUUGCGACCUCAUCAUCCAGAUGCACAGACAAUUAGGACAUUAACUCUCAUCUCAAAAACCAUUCAAACUUUGGGAAGCUGGGGGAGCCUUUCCAAAAGCAAGUCAAGUUUCAAAGAGACAUUCAUGUGUGAAUUUUUCAAAAUGUUUCAAGAAGAAGGAUAUAUUAUAGCAGUUAAAAAGUUCUUGGAUGAAAUUUCAUCGACUGAAACUAAAGAGUCCAGUGGUACAAGCGAGCCUGUGCACCUGAAAGAAGGUGAAAUGAAUAAAAGAGCUCAGGGAAGAACUCGAAUUGGAAAAAAGAAUUUCAAGAAACGGUGGUUCUGCUUAACCAGCAGGGAGCUCACCUACCACAAACAGCCAGGUAGCAAAGAUGCAAUUUACACAAUUCCAGUAAAAAACAUUCUUGCUGUGGAAAAAUUGGAAGAGAGCUCUUUCAAUAGGAAAAAUAUGUUCCAGGUAAUACAUACAGAGAAACCACUUUAUGUCCAGGCAAAUAAUUGUGUGGAAGCUAAUGAAUGGAUAGAUAUACUCUGCAGGGUGAGCCGAUGCAAUCAAAAUAGGCUCAGUUCUUUCCAUCCCUCAGCAUAUCUAAAUGGAAACUGGCUCUGCUGUCAAGAGACUAGUGAAAACACUCCAGGCUGCAAGCCAUGUACUGCAGGUGUUCCUGCAGACAUCCAAAUAGAUAUUGAUGAAGACAGAGAAAUAGAAAGAAUUUAUUCCCUUUUUACCCUCAGUUUACUUAAGCUGCAGAAGAUGGAAGAGGCUUGUGGAACUAUAGCUGUCUAUCAAGGACCACAGAAAGAGCCUGAUGACUAUUCUAACUUUGUAAUUGAGGAUUCUGUAACAACCUUUAAGACAAUUCAGCAAAUAAAGAGCAUCCUAGAGAAGCUGGAUGAACCUCAUGAGAAGUAUAGGAAGAAAAGAUCAAGUAGUGCAAAAUAUGGGAGCAAGGAAAAUCCAAUUGGGAAAACAUCUUAAGAGUUUGACCAGUUGGUCCAAGAGAACUGGAAAAUAUUCUUCUUGGAGUUUUCCAAUUCACCAUAUAUUUUGUUCAUAAUAUUUAAGAAUGAAUGUUGGCUUCAAUGUCAUCUGCAUUCACAUUGUAUUUAAUAUUUAAUGAUUGAAGUUAACUGUUUGGGGAAUUCUGGUAUUGAUGUAUUAUUAGAGAAUUUGAAACCCAAGAUUUCCUUCAUAUCUUGUAUGUCAAAGUUCAUGUAUCAGCAACUUCUUUUUAAUAGAAUCUUCCUAAAGAAGGUUCCUAAAGAAGCUUUGUAACAAAGGGAGUACUUCUCCGUAGCAGGAAACCAUCUCUUCUUGUAACUCUCUGUUCUGUGGACUUGUUUUCACUACCAUUAGUGCCUGCUCUAUACUGCCAACAUAGUGUUCUACUAGAAAAUUUCAAUCCUUAUCAAUUCAGAGCUUUCCAUUUACUUCAUUGGGACCUUCCCUUUUUUAAGAAAAAAAAUUUUUUUUUCCUUUGGUCCAUUAGUCAUUACAGGUUAUGGUAGAGACAGUGACAGAGACUUUAGAAAACUGCCAGAGCAUCCUUGAAAGUUGGUAGAUCCUUUUGCCUAUUUAAAGAUGUAAACAGAACUCAGGAGCAAUCAGGGAAUAUGUGCUAUUGUGUGCAUCAUGUUUACAUUUGGGAUGAGUGAUGGCAGAUGAAAUAAAAUGAGACCACUAAAUAUUUUUUAUUGUUUUAUAUAUCAGGUACUCAUUUUCUUGAUUUGAGAGUUCAGAUUAACAUGACUUCUAAGGACAUCUCUUCUAAACCAGAAGAGAAAGUAAACAGUGAAAGAAGGUGGUGGGAAAAUCACUUGACUUCACCUGCUGUUUCAUGCUAUAAUAAGGGCACUGUAAGGACGCCCUCUUCAUAGUGUUAGAUGGCAGUCUAACCCAAGAACAGUCACUUGGCGCACUUUAAUAAUCUGGCCUGCCCCAGAUUAUAUCUUAGAUACUCUAUGGUAUCUGUCUUUAUGAUCAGUUGAAUGAUCAGUGUUUAAAUCUAGAAAUAGUGCUUUCCUGAAAAUGUUUGUAUUUCAUUGCUGUUUCCUUAUUGCCUACUAGCAAAAUGGAAUUUGAGUCAGCAACUAUUUGAAUCCUAUUUUUCCAUAGUAAUUUACUUCUGUCCUAAAAACUGUAACUGUAAAUUAGCAGUCGAAGCAAGUUGCCACCUUGAAGUUAAAGGGAUAUACUUUGCUUCAUCAGUAUUAAAAAUCAUGGUACUUUAUUUUGUCUUUUUAAAUUCAGAACGUUUUCUAAAUGAGGUACUUUGAACCUUGGAGUAUUUACAUAUGUUCCUGUUUAAAACUGUGACUUAUUAAUGUAAGUCUAGCUAGUACUUCUUUUUUGUUUGUUUGUUUCCCUGAGCAUAAGCUAUAUUUGAAGAUAUAUUUGCCAAUUCUGGUAUUGGUGAGUAAUUGUUUUUAAAUUGUAUUAUGAUUAAGUAAUCAUUUUUAAAAACCAUUGGCACACAGUCAUUUCAUAAGUGACUGAGUAAUGCAUUUCUCUAAACAACUUGUAAAAAUCAAUUGUAUCUGAGAGUCAUCACUUGUCUGCAUUACGAUAAGUUAUUACCCCUGGCCCAUACUGAGAUUUGGAAGAGUACUUUAAAUUUUAUGAAUUUAUACAUUCCAUAAAUCACACUGAUUCAUAAAUGCAAAAUAAUUUAGCCAUUUAAAUAAAUUUAUGAUAAAUUUUAUUCAGAUUAAAAUUCACUUUAGGAUUCCCUAGAAGUGUCUACUUGCAUUACCAGGUCCCACUCAUUACUCUUCAGUGGCUUUUCUUUUCUUUUUUUAAGGGAAAAAAAAAAUUCUCCUAACAUUUCGAAUCCAAAUCCCCAAUUACAAUUAUUUCUAAAGAUUACAGGGCAAUCAGAGGGACCUAGGCUGUGGGCACCCGUCCAUACCUUUGGGUUUGGAGGGAGAGUUCAGUCAUCUCACUAUUUUCUUCACAUGACACUUUCAAACAGCUACUUUGAUUGGAAGUAACCAGCAUGAUAAAGUCUAAAAAGAGAAAUGUGGGGUUAAUUUUCCUUGAGUCAUUGCAUUAAGAAACAGUGUGAGUAGGGCCCUAAGACAACCCAGGGCCUUGCUUUCCAGGGGCCUCUUUACUCAUGAACAUGGGUUUUACUACCUGGUCUGCCCUCUCUGCCUUUUCUGAAAGCGUUUGAAAAAAAUACAUGGCAGCUCAUUUCUCCCUAAAAACCUGGAAAUCCCAGGAAGGACAGAAAAGGGUGAUGGGGAAAAGAAAUUUCUUGCUGUAAACGCCUACUCUGAUUCUUGGUUUAACCAUUUCCAUCAAUUGAAAUUACAGUGAUCUGUUGCUUGUUUUGUUAUGUUGUUGUUUAGCUUGAUUUUUUAAAUAUUCAUUUAAUAAGAUAAUAGGCAAUAAUAAAAGAUUUUACUCCCAGGAUUAUAAUUUAUCAAAUUGAACUAUUUUAUUUGCCAAAGAGAUACAUUUUAUUAAUCACGAGUAAUGGUUAAGUAUCAAAACCAGGCUUUUUUGAUUUUACAAAAUAAAAGGUGAUGAUAUG